CAACCUUUGCGUCGCGUGGUGCGCUUUGAUAAAACAACUGCAACUCUUUUGUAUCAAGUGCGAUACGAAAACGAGCGCUGCCAGGCACACACAGGCGCUCCCCCCGCACCUCUAGCACUGAUGGCAAUUUGUGUAUCUCGGCACGACCUGAUAAGCUGCUCCAUAAGCAACGUUUUCUUGUUUUGGAGCCCAAGUCAAAGGCAGUUGGGGACCGGUGGUCCCAGGGGCAAAACAAUGGCGGCAUCUGGCGCGUAAUUAACCCAACAAAAAAACAAUAACAAAAACAAAAACAAAAACAGCUAAACGAAAAACAAAAAGCCACUUCAAAAAUAACAAACGAAACGAAACGAAUUUGUUUUGGGCAAAAGUGUUUCAUGUGCGCGACAAUUGCGAAGAAUGAGAUACGAUUCCAGUGCAUCCCAUACCAUUCCAUGAGAGUGCGUGUAGCGUGAGUGCGGAAAUGGCUUAGUGCCUGUGAAAAGCGCGAUAAAAUCAAAGGGGGAUCGUCCCGUACCACAAAUAAACAACAACAACAGCAAGAAGAAAGCGUCGCCAAAUGGCAGGUGAAUCGCCAGAAAGCAACAGCUCGGAGAGCAGUCCUGCAGCAGUCCAGCGGCAGUUGAACGGCAGUGUGGACAGUGGCAUAGCCGUGCUGGAGGGGGAGGUGGAGACGCCGACGCUGAGACGACGGCAGCGGCUGCAGCAGUGCCAGCGCAUCCUCCAGGUGCUGCAGCGGGACCACUCCACCCACAGGCUGCUGCGCGAUAGAUUAAGUAAAAUAGCCGACAGGAAGUGGAAGAAGGAGGAGGCCAGCGAGGAGCAGAGCUGCAAUGUCUGCUGUGCAGACUUGGAGCAGACCAGUCCCAAAACCUAUGUGACAUGUUGUACGUGCGGGAAGCUGGUGUGCCGCGGCCCCAAGUGCGCAGACUGGCGGCCGAAGGAUGCCAAGUGGGAGUGCCAGCUGUGCCACAGCUCCAAGGAGUCGCUGGCCCACACCUCCUCCUGGGUGGCGGAGCAGAUGUCCUUUAACCAGCACAAGCUCGUCUACCCAAUGCGGGCCCGAAGCGAGGUCUACAUACCCAUCUCUGGCGAUGGCAACGACAGCACAAUGCACAUUGAGAGCGUCAGCCAGGUUGGGCAGAGCAUACAUCUGGACGAGCGAGCCAAGAUACGUGCGUAUGUGGAGGAAAUCGUCGCCGAGAUGCUGGGCGGCAAUCUGGAUCACAUCAAAGUGGGGCAAUUGUCCAAAAGUGAAAACUACUUGCAAUUCUUCCACAAAUUUCAUGCAAAACUUUCGAACCUGCUUAUCAAUGUGGAGAACGACCUGCUUAAGGGAGAUCUGCCGGCCAUUGUCAAUGGCAGCAACAACCUGAGUCCAACCAGAAACAACAACAACAACAACAACAACAAUAACAAUGGGGAUGCUGACUCUCUGGCAGAGAUCUCACAGACCCGUCUACGCAGUCUCAUCGAGACCAUAAUAGCAGAGACGCUGCGCAGCAGUGCGCUGAGCGUGAGUGGAGCCGUCUCGGAGAUCAGCCUGGACACCAGCCGCUCGCUGGCCGGCGAGCUGCCGAGCAAUGGCGGGAACGGGAUGAAGCGACGCCAUCGCACGGAGCACUACUUCGAGCCGAAGAUCUAUCAGGAUCUGCUGGCCACAGCGGUGCUGAACAAGAUUGCCGACAAAGAUGGGAACACGCGGUUGGUAUCGGAGAGCACACCGGACCUGAGUGGUCACCUCAUUGAUGAGAAUUACAAUGCCGAAGCGUUGAGCACCACGUCCGGUAGUUCCAUUGAGCCCCGAAGCGACUGCAGCCUCACCGACCAUGAGUUAGAACUGGAUGCUGGCAAAUCGCAAUCCCUGCAAGUGGAAUUGGAGCGUGAAUCGGUGUUGAGUGAUUACAUAGCCGCACACAUGGUACCCCUUCCGGACUUCUCGGCAUCUGUUACCGAAUCGGAGGAUGACGUCGGAUCAAUCUCCUCGAGCAUGAUCGGCGAUGGCACCUGGGAGGAUAACUGGCUGUUCAAGAAGAAACGCAGCUCCAUGCAAAGCUCGGCCACACCGAGCAGCAUAGGCAUGCUGGUGCCGGCUCCCAAGGAGCAUGUACGAGCCCAAAUUGGCGACAGGACAGCAGACGAGGUCAGCGAUCUGUCUGAGCUGGGAUCGGAUGCGGAGGACAACCCGCUGGACUUGUUGCGCUGCAACGAGCUUAACGAUCGCCUGCUGAGCAAGCAUCUCAUCGGUGGUCAGAACACAAAACUUGUGCUAGACGAGCUCGUGGAUCGCAGCAGCCUGACCUCCCAAACCCUCCCGGAGGAGCACGAGCCCGCAUUUACCGAAACCACAAACACAUUCGUCAUAGCCUCCACGGCCGGGCCAUCGGAGAGUGUAGUUGCACCCCCGCCACCCGUGGUGUUCCAAGAUGACUCACUGAACGAGGACCUGGUCCAGACUCCCAUUGCAGCCCAAACUGAAACUGACGAACUGGCCAGCCUCGAAGGCUGCACCGGUUACAGCACAGUCGAGUACAUCGACGAGGAGCAGAUGCGCGAGACCACACCCUCAGUCAUCGAGAUACUGGCCGCCAUUGCCUUGGGGCCGAUGCUAGCGGUCCCAGCCUCGGAGCAGCCUGGCGUCAUGACACCCAGUGAGAUGCAUACACUGAAGGAGCUAAGUGACUUGGCGCUCGCCGAAAUAAACGCUCGAACAAUGGACCUUGCGCACCAUUCACUUGACAUCAUAGAAGAGGAGACAAUCGAAUUAUUUCCCUCAACAGUCUGUGGCUCAGAGCCGCCCACUGUACAUGCCAAUCCAACAAUACGCACCGACCACACCCGACCGGCUCAAACAUUUUGCAAUCCCUGCAAUUCCAUCGAAACGACAGCGCCCCAGGACAACGCAGUGAUACCGAAUUCUGCCUUCGUUGACCAGUUGCUACCAUUAGAUAAUCUGAGAGCAGUGGAAAUCAUUUCAGACAAAGAAACCGUGGCUGUGGAUCCUCUGGCUGCAGUGGAAACAAUUCCAGAGUCGGAAACCAGAACUGUUGAUUCUCCGGCUGCAGUGGAAAGUGUUUUGCAGACAGACACCGCACCUGUGGACCCUCCGGCGGCAGUGGAAAGCAUUCCAGAGGCAGAAACCGUGGCUGUGGAUCCUCCAGCUGCGCUGAAAACCAUUUCUGAGACAGAAACCGUGGCUGUGGAUCCUCCGGCUGCAGUGGAAAUCAUUCCCGAGACCAAAACCAAAAUAAUAUCACAGCCUAUUAUCGCACCUGUGGAUCCUCCGGCUGCAGUGGAUUUGAUUCCAAAGACAGAAACCGUGGCUGUCGAUCCUCCAGCUGCAGAAAUCAUUUCACAGCCUGAAAUUGCAUCUGUGGACCCUCCGGCUGCAGUGGAAAUCGUUCCAGAGACGAAAACCGUGGCUGUGGAUCCUCCUACUGCAGUGGAAAUCAUUCCGGAGACCGAAACCGUGGUUGUGGAUCCACCAGUUGCAGUGGAAAUCAUUUCACAGCCUGAAAUUGCACCUGUGGACCAUCCUUCUGUAGUGGAAAUCGUUCCAGAGACCGAAACCGUGGCUGUUGAUCCUCCGGCUGCAGUGGAAAUCGUUCCAGAGACAGAAACCGUACCUGUGGAUUCUCCGGCUGCAGUGGAAAUCAUUUCACAGCCAGAAAUUGCACCUGUGGACCCUACGGCUGCAGGGAAAUUCAAUCCAGAGACAGAAAUCGUGGCUGUGGUACUUUCUACUGCAGUGGAAAUCAUUCCGGAGACCGAAACCGUGUCUGUGGAUCAUCCAGGUGCAGUGGAAAUCAUUCCGGAGACAGAAACCGUAGGUGUUGAUCCACAAGCUGCAGUGGAUAUCAUUUCACAGUCUGAAACCGUAGGUGUUGAUCCUCCAACGGCAGUGGAAAUAUAUCCGGACACAGAAACCGUUCCUGUGAAUCCUCCAGCUGCAGUGGAAAUCAUUCCAGAGACAGAAACCGUGGCUGUGGAUUCUCCAGUUGCAGUGGAUAUCAUUCCAGAGAGAGAAACCGGGUCUGUUGAUCCUCCAGCAGCAGUGGAAGUGAUUCCGGAGACAGAAACCUUGGCUGUUGAUCCUCCAGCGGAAGUGGAAAUCAUUUCACAACCUGAAACAGCACCUAUGGAUCCUCCGGCUGCAGUGGAAAUAAUUCCGAAGACAGAAACCGUGGCUACUGUGGAAAUCAUUUCACAAUCUGAAACCACACCUGUGGAUCCUCCAGAUGCAGUGGAAAUCAUUCUGGAGGCAGAAACUGUGGCUGUGGAUCCUCCAGCUGCAGUGGAAAUCAUUUCACAGCCUAUUAUCGCACCUGUGGAUCCUUCGGCUGCAGUGGAAAUCAUUCCAGAGACAGAAACCGUGGCUCCUGUGGAUCCUCCAGCAGCAGUGGAAGUGAUUCCGGAGACAGAAACCUUGGCUGUUGAUCCUCCAGCGGAAGUGGAAAUCAUUUCACAAUCUGAAACCACACCUGUGGAUCCUUCAGCUGCAGUGGAAAUCAUUCUGGAAGCAGAAACUGUGGCUGUGAAUCCUCCGGCUGCAGUGGAAAUCGAACCUACGUCGGAAUGUGUUCCAGCGCAAUCGUUCGUAGAACACUCUAAGAGCGAUGGUUCCGCUCUAGGUUCUAUUGCAGAGCGCGAGGUCAAGAAAUGGUACAAUGCCGUCGAAAUGCCCAACAAUCCGUAUGCGCCCGAGGCCCUGAAGCAGCGGAUCAGCGGCACCCAGGAGCGCUACAUGGAUGUGCCAAACAUCAGUCCCAGUGCCGAGCAGAAGGCCCUGGCCGCAGCCCUCACUGAAGAUGGCGACCCGGACCCUGUGCCCCCCUCAACCGACUACAAACGCUACAGCCGCGACUACUACAUAAACAAUGCCCCCAACGGCACAGAAGUAAGCGGAAACGGACGGUGUGCUUCAUCGUCCAGUGUAGAGAGGCAACCCCCCGCCGAGGAUGUGGCGCUGGACAUUGUUAUCAACGAGGCGGCUCAAAACGCAAGCAAAGCUGCAAUAGAGCAGGAGCAGGAAGCGGAAACAGCUGCGGCACACGUUUAUACGGCCUUGCCAGCUCAGGUCUUGGACGAUUCCCUAGAGACCCAGUCGAACCCUUCGCUACACUCCCUUCAAACAACGACAACCACCAGCGAUGAGUCCGAAACGGUGCGCGUCUAUGACUUCAAUAAGCAGGAGACCACGGUCAUCAGAGCUGCCCCUGCGGAACAGCAGCCAAGCUCCUCCACGACAUCAUCCAUGGAGUCGGCUCAGAGCGCACCGUUGUCCACUUCCUCCAUAGACGCGUCAGUGUCCAAAAAGCGUGAGCGACCAGUUGUCCUACAAUUUGGCCCUUCAGACUCGGUGCCCAGCAUCGGCUCGCCAGCGAGUACGCCCAUAAGAGGCUCGACACCCCCGGCGUUCCGAUUUCUCCAGCCCAAGCGACGCCUCAUCGAGCCGAGUCAAGUGCUGUCUGUGGACGAAGAUGAGUUGCCUGAACCAAGUACACCCAGCGCAGAGAAGCCCGCCGUAGAAGAUGAGGUGGCCCAUGCCAUGCCCUCGGUCAAAGCUCUGGCCCAAGCCUUUCUCCUCACCAGCAAAGCCCAGCAAGCCGAGCGACGAUGGCGAUCAAAGGUAAGAAUGGCAGCAGCACAUGAUUCACCAGACAGGCCAGCUACCUCCCUGGCACGACGACCCAAGCUGGAGCAUGCCGUCUCCAUGGCAGAGGUAGCCGAUGAAUCCACGAUCGCCUCUGACUUAUCAUCCCUCGAAACGGAUCCAUCUAUGCAUUCGGACGGUUCCAUGAAUCCACCCAUCGCCUCUCCUGUGAGCCCAGUUCCGGUGCGUCACGGUUUUCUCCGGAGCAAUAUUGCUUUCUUUGAGAACUUAAAGUUUAAGUAAAUACACGAAGGGGAUAAAAGUGCAUCCAUUGGUGGAUAUUCCUUGUGUAAUAUGCACAGCAAUGGUAAAGCAUUUCACGCAUCGUAACCAAAAAACAAUCAUGUGCCAUGGCCAUGGCCCGUAUUCCCUAACCUAUUCACACACAAACACACACACACACACACACACACACACACACAACAAAGUACUUAACUUAAUUGUUACUUGUAGUCCGUAUUUAUUAUUAAAAACUAUUAUAUCCAUGGAUCCUAUUUAUUUAGCCCUAAGAUAUGUAUUAUGCGUGUACUUAUUAGACGUAACAGAACUAGUUAAAGUUUCAACCGAGAGACGAUACGUGUUACCCGUAAGUGUUUAACUGUUGCAUAUUUAUAAUCAAUAAAUCUUACAUGGAAUUAA